CUCCUAAUAAUCGGAAUCAAAAUUCCGCCGAAUUUCAUCAAAAAGCAGAUAAAGUUCAAAAUUUGAAGCCUCCCCUGUUGUAAUGUAAUCAGCGAUCUCUGUUACAGUGAGAAAGAGAGAGAGAAAAGAAAAAGGGACGAUGCCGAUAAUGGCGGUUUCUGCUAUUGUAUUGGCCACCAUCACUUCUCUGCAUCUCAUCGCCUUCGUCCUCGCCGUCGGCGCCGAGCGCCGCCGCAGCACGGCCAAGGUUGUGCCGGAUGAGUACGACGAGCAGACGUACUGCGUGUACGGCACCGACGCGUCGACGGUGUACGGACUGUCGGCGUUCGGUUUGCUUCUGAUAAGCCAGACGGUGGUUAACGGCGUGACCAAGUGUCUGUGCUGUGGGAAAGGUUUAAUCAGCGGAUCAAAAACCACCGCCGUCGCCAUUUUCUUCUUCGUAUUCUCCUGGAUGGGGUUUGUGGGAGCGGAGAUUUGCCUGCUGGCGGGAUCGGCGAGGAACGCGUACCACACCAAGUACAGGGCGGCGUUCGGCGGGGAAAAUCUGUCGUGUGCGACGCUGCGGAAGGGGGUGUUCGCCGGCGCCGGCGCCAUGACGGUGGUGUCGUUGGUGGGGUCGGUUGUGUACUACGUGGCGCACUCGAGGGCCGACACCGGAGGAUGGGUGAAGCAGCGGCGGAAUGAGAAUGAGAAUGAUGGGCUGCCCAUGGCGGCGGCGCCUUACGAUCUGAAACAGAACGCCUAGGGUUUGGUUUUUGGUUUUUGAUUUAUUAUAUUAGAAAUCAGAGGGAAAGGGAAGUGUUUGGUUUUUGGUUGGUAGAGAAAAAGAGAGGGAAACUGUUAAUUAGUCAAAUCCACCUUUCUUUUUCUUUUUCUUUUUUGUUUUCUUUUUGGGUCUUUUGCUUUAUUUAUGUAUAUUUAGAUUUUAGGGUUGCUUUACGACAUUUGGGUCUCCAACGUUUGAUUCGUUCUCUGCUGUGAUGGUGCCAUUUGGCUGUGUUUAUGGUCUUUUUAUUUUUACAGUGAGACUCGUUUACUUAUCCGCAA